GGCAUGCACGUCGGGCUUAUCAGCCGGGAGCAGACUACGUCAUGCAGCAUCGGCUUGUGACGGAGGACACCGAUCGAAUCGGGAGCCAACAUCUUGUGUUCGGAUCCCCCUCGGCGCUUCUUCGAAGCUGUGGGCACUUGUCACCAGAACUCCGAGAUGCGUCGGAUCAUCGCGCUCGCAAUGCUCAUCGCAAUUGUGUUGCCACCGGCUUGCGAGUCGACCGUCGGAAUCCUCCCGUUAGCGGCCAUGGGAGUUGUGGGCUUCAAAGUGUAUCUCGGUAUGAGACUCCUCGGAUCGAGUGCAAUAAGCCUGCAGAGCUAUCUUCCGACGCUUUCUUCGCUCCAUGGUUAUGAUAUAUUCGACGGUGAGGACGUCGACGACAGUGAUGAUGAGGACGACGAUCAGGAAAAGUCAUCCAAGAAAGCCAGACGGAUUCAGAAGAGAGCUGUAGAUUCCAUCUACAAUCGAGCGUUCCCCAGGCUCAAUCCUGAGAUAUUGAAGUUCAUACACCAAAUCGACGAUGACCAAUGCUUUGAAAAAUUCGUUUGCCAAUUGGGAGCCGACCGAAAGGCCUUCGGGAAACUGGGGAUGAAUGUUGCCCUCAUGCUGGAGUUCUACAGCUCCGACCCGAACUCGUGGUACAAUACAGCGAUGCAUAAGGGCCGAAAACUUGGUAAGAAAGACCUCUGCCCGGGUCGAUGUGAGAGCGAAGACAUCAAAAAAGUUGUGAAUUAUGUCUCGAAGGAAUUAUUUUCCGGCUACACGGAAUGAGUAUGACGUAGAUUUCAAGACUUGUGAAGAUUUGAUUGCCUCAUCGAAGAAAGAACCACAUGACUGAAAUAUAUUC